CAAAGACGAAAGAGAAGUUCUUAUCUGAGUGCCCAAAUCCUCCUAUUGGUGGGCUGUCUUACGUGAACAUGCAUUAACAUAUUAACCACCUAAAUUUUAAUUUUUCUCUGGCUUGGCGCGAUCUGAUGAAAUUCCGUCACGUUGUCUAUCAUAAUCUUCGCCUAUCCGUUCUUGCCUUCCACGUAAGCUGCUGUUGUACCCUAUUAUGGACUAUGAAACUCUGUUCUUGGUUGUGGCCACGAUGUAUUUUUUCCAAGUUGGCGAUACAUUUAUGUGCUACGAAUGUAACCCGGGUACAGGUCCAUCCUGCGGACAAAUUCUAGAUGAUAGCGAUAAUAUUCUACAGACUAAUUGCUCAGGGAAAUGCAUGCUGUCGAAAACCACCAUACCGAUAGGAGACACUGCCAUAGAUGUAUAUAAAAGAUCUUGUGAAGAUUAUUGCAUUGACACAUGUAUGGAUAUUCCCGACAUGACGCCAGGCAUUACCGUAUGUGCAAAAUGCUGCACAACUGACCUCUGCAAUAGCAACUAUGUUAACACUGCAUCGACGACAGGCAUCACUGUACGUCAGCCAGAUGGCAGCACACGCCAGCCAGAAGGCAGCACACAGCCAGAAGGCAGCACACAGCCAGCAGUCAGCACACGGCCAGCAGUCAGCACACGGCCAGCAGGCAGCACACGGCCAGCAGGCAGCACACAAUCGAAAGGUGGCAUACAAGAAAGUGACAUACAGGAGGUUGGCGCACAACUAAACCCAGAUCAAGUUCCCACAGCACACCGCCCGGUUCAUGAUUUGGCAACAAAGUCUAGCGCUAUUAGAAUUGAUGUAAAUUGUGUGACUGCUUUCAUCACAGGUGUUCUAAUUUUAGGAAUCUAAAUAUCUUUCUUAAAUUUUUAAAGUUGAUCAAAUAUUUUUGUUUUCAACUUGCUAUAUUUUUGUGAAUGUUAUUAGAAUACGAAUAAUGUAGGCCUUUAUUAUUAGGGAUUUAAUCUAACAUAAAAGCGAAACAGGUUAGAUUUUAACGUUUGCUUGGAAGGAUACUGAAGGUACAGGCGUCAGACCUUAUAAAUGUGUAAUUGUAGUAGGCCUAUCUAUAAUAAAUAUAUUGUAAAAAAUGUGAACUUUAUUAAUUCUCUUGUUUAGAAAAUUUCUUAAUUAUAUUAUAUGACUAUGAAUUGUAUUUCAAGUCAUGCAAGAAACAAAGGCA